AUGCCAGCCUCUCAACAAAACUUCAUUGACCCUUCUGGAAUGCCUAUCCCACUAGCGCAAUCGGAACUAUCACCGGCAGACAAUUGGCAGGGUCUGGCGGAUGCCAAGGAACGCAGAAAAAGGCAGAACCGAAUAAACCAACGACGACACCGCGAGGCCAAAAGAAAGAAGCAUGUAGCCAAACAAAUCACUUCUAUUACAGCCGGACAUUUAGGUCUGGUAGCGCAGACUGUCGACCUUCAAACUUCACACCAAUCACCAUCAAUUACAGAACUGGCAAUUCUGGAUGCAGCAUCCAUCCCCCAAUCCAACAAUCCAUACCCAAGUCCAGAGACUCCAUCCCGCACAGACCAGGACUUCUCCCCAGAGUCCCCACAAAUGAUGACCCUCUGGUUCACGAUGCCAUGUCCCAAAAAGCGAGCGGCAUUACUGGAGCAACUGGCUACAUACCACAAUAGCUACACCAUGAAUUGCCCCUUAUCCAACCACCUCCUCACGCUAACAAAAACGAAUGUCCACCGUGCCUUCGUGGCUAACAUGGCAUCUCUGGGAAUUACCUGGGAAUGGAUGGAAGAGGAUUCAAUAUCCCCAUUUAGCAUCCCCGGGCCAGCCGAGAAGUUACUACCGGUGCAGAAAAAUCUUCACCCGACAGCUCUUCAGCGAAGUACAGUGCAUCAUACUUGGAUUGAUCUGUUUCCUUGUCCUCUUAUGCGAGAUAAUCUAGUGAGGGCGGGGAAUGACUGGGACGAUGAAGAGCUAUGCACUGAUAUCAUGGGGUUUUGGAAUGGGAAUUCACCGGAUCCCCAUGGUCUAAUUGUUUGGGGGGAUCCUGCAGAGCUUUCGAAUUGGGAACUUCAACCGGGAUUCGUGAAGAAAUGGGGGUGGGUUAUACGGGGGUGUGAUGACAUUAUACACUCCACGAAUAAGUGGAGGGCAAAGAGAGGAGAGCGGCCACUAUUUUCGACGUCGUUUCUUUUAUCUGCUUAA